AUACUUUGCAUCUUGGCAUGUGCAUUUCAGAAUUUCUUCCGUGAGCAUGCGUAAUUGCUCCUGAGAGGCGAGGGAGAAUGCUGAAUUCAUAUAAAAAAUGCCAGUCUUCGUUUAGUCUUGAACAUGGACAGCUCUAAAGAAUCCGUCCACACAGACUUGAAAUGGGCGAUCGGAAUAAAUCGGACAGCUUUAAAAAUUGUUGGUCUUUGGCCAGACUGCACGUUAAGUCAUCAGCAAAAACGUAUGACGAAUGCAAUGGCUCUCAUCUUUUUUUUCAUAAUGAUUUGCGUAUCGGUCAUACCCGGAAUGUUGGCGUUUGUAAGAGUCUGGGGGAGACUGAUGGAACUAUUGGACAAUGUGCAAAUCGGUCUACCCUUCUCAGUGACCACGUUCAAAUUUAUCGUCAUGUGGUUUCACAAAGAUGAGCUUGAACCGCUCACAAAAAUGAUCAUAGAAGAUUGGCUGAGAGCAAAGACAACGGCAGAACGAAAUAUUAUGAUAAAGCACGCGAGAAUUGCCAGAAUAUUAAUCAUAUUUGGAUGUUUUAUGAUGGUCAUUGCGUGCUUCAAUCUCAUGGUUCCUCCCUUUUUUGGAGCUUCGCUGAGAUAUCUGACAAAUUUGACAGAUCCGGGAAGACCGUUUCUGGUGCAAACGUAUUAUUUGAAUGAUUUUUUUUCAACGGACUCUCCAUACUAUGAAAUUGUGUACGCCUCACAAGCUACAGCGAUCUUCAUAGCUGCAAUUUCUUACACGGGCAUCGAUAAUUUUCUGAGUUUGGUUGUAUUUCACGUAUGUGCUCAAUUGGAAAUUCUAAAACGGCGAUUGCUCGAUUUGGACAGCUUCAGAGAUUUCAACACCGGAUUAGCUAUUAAUAUCGAGGAUCACCUACGUCUCAUUAGAUCUGUUGAUAUACUUGACAACACAUUCAACUCGAUGCUUUUGGCAUUAUUAGUGUUUUUCGCAUCGUUAUUUGCCUUACAAGGAUUUCUGAUAGUUUCCAUCGUUGACGGAACCGCUACCGAUGUAUCCUUUUGGCGAAUGUGUUGGCUCAUUACGAUUCUUAUUAAUAUUGCUAGUCACAUGUGUCUAUACUGCGUGGUCGGAGAUAUUCUUAUAGACAAAGCCGAAGAAGUAUAUAAUGCGGUUUAUAACUAUACGUGGUACAUGAGACCACCAAAAGAAGCUAGAGACUUGAUGAUGAUGAUGAUUCGUGCCGAAAAGCCUCUGUACAUUACCGCGGGCCGGAUGUUUCCCAUGACAUUGUCCACGUUUUGCAGUUUGAUAAAGACAUCAGCAGGUUAUAUAUCUGUAAUGCUUGCUAAUCGAUAAUUUUUCGAAAUUGAUUAAACAAUGAAGACGGAUGAAUAGAUGCAGGAAGCUAUAUUUAAAUGCGCAAUCGUAUCUCUAUUCAUCUUAUGUUUGUCUGUGAUUUCGAGCGGCUAUCAUUAAAAAGAAAAAUAUCACGUACAUAGUAGUUAAUAAUAAAAAAUUAUAAAAUA